AUGGCCUCGGCACGACACGGGUAUCGGGCCAACGCUCACGACAAGGCCCGUUCGGGGACAUCUGACGAUGAGACCGAACUGAUCGAUGAGUUGGGCCAUAACCAUAGCUCCAGCGAUGAGCCAGGAAGUGACAAUGACGCUGCUUAUAGCGGCCGCCUGGAUGCCAUUGACCGCAUCAUGAAGAGCUUUUGCGCAAGUCUCGACUCCAAGCUUGCCGCGGCCGGAGCUCCAACGGUCAAAAAAGUGGCGGAGCCCGCUGAACCCAUCAGUCUGGACAAGUCGCGGAUUGUUACCAUCAGGCCGGCCCAGGAGCCUCGAGCAUCUAGCCCUCGCAAACGUGCACCACGGAGUCUGAAGUCACCGGCCAGUCCCGCUCCUCCGAUCAACCGCCAGCCCGAUACCCCUGCAUCACCUGUUGGUGGUAGUACUAGUACUGUUCGAACGCGUGGUGCCCACAUCUCAUCAGCACCAAGACCACAAGUCAUGGUCCAGGGCCAAGUGGAAGGUCAACGGCCAGCAACACGUGUCUCACCCGCCGCUCCGCUUGCAUUUGCGCAGCCUCAGCAGUCCCUCGGUCCUCCGCCGCCGCCCGCUGCACCGGCGGGGGAUUUAGAUUCAGCAUUAGGACCAACAGUCGCUGCCCCGGGUGGCUCUGUGUCCCGCCCCUGGGAACACAUCGAUAGGCUGAGGCGGACCACCUAUGCAUCCCGCUCGGCAAGGACUGCGGCUCGACGUCGAAGCCGUACAAACGGACCAGAAGCUGCACAUGGCGAAGAAGAUCGGUCCUCGACUGUUCCAGCGCGUGGCGAACCAGGCCUGUUGGACGUGUCUGGACUUGCUGGUGAUGUGGUCCAAGAGACUACACCCGGACAAGCCUCUCAGGCUACUACUACUAGUAGUAACGAGCUAUCUGCAACCAUGUCGACUGUGUCUUCUAGUCUGCCGGACAUUUCUCAACAAUUAUUUGGAAUGGGAGGGGAAUCCAGCCUGUUUCUGCACAUGACUGCCAUGCCCUCGCCGAGCCCCGAGGUUUCACAUCAUUCACAGUAUCAUGCUCUGACGACGCCGCCCGAAGAGGAAACGCUGGAGGGUGAAAUUGUCCCGGCAACUAACAGCCCUGAACACAGAGAGAAACCGCGGAAGACCUUGGAGAGUGAAGCGAAAGCUGCGGCUGACGGAGACGGGGAUGGCAGACGCAAAAGGCCAAAACGAGCCCCGUUGGAAUCACCCGUUGAUCGCGAGAAGAGGGGUAAGAAGUUUGCCUGUCCUUAUUACAAGCGCAACCCGAAGAAGUACCGCAACUGGACUUCCUGCCCAGGGCCAGGAUGGGACGAAGUGCACCGGGUUAAAACUCACCUCUACCGGCGCCACCCGCUCCCCAUCCAGUGUCCCCGUUGUUGGGCCGUGUUCAAGGCGGAUGGUCAGCUGCAAUCACACCUGCAGCAAGACCCGGCAUGCACGAUUCAAGGGAACCGCAUGCCUCAUGAGGGGUUUACCAAGGACCAAGAAAAGAGGCUCCGUAGCCGGAAGAAGGCGCAUGCAGACAUGACGGAUGAGGACAAGUGGAGGGAGAUUUACGCGAUUCUGUUUCCCGAUGACGACCAGAGCGCUGUUCCAUCCCCUUAUUACGACAGCGACAACGACAACGAGGGCGGUGAGCAUGCUGACGGGACAGAACUGGAAGACUAUGCCACGUUCGUCCGAAGAGAAAUGCCCACCCUUGUGCGGCGGGAACUGGAAGUGCUGUUUGAGGGCGAAUUCCGUGAUAUUGAGGAACGGCUGCGUCCUCGUAUCGCUGAUAUCGUGCUUAAUUUGCAGCCGCGGCUGCUCAGUUUAUACAAACAGUCGCAACUGCCACUGAGCGAGUACGGCCCACAAGACACGGAUGGCUCGGGAACGGUCCCUACACCGACGGUGUCACAUGGCAAAGAUACCGUGACCAGGGCGGACGGGGGAACUCCAGUGGCUGCUCCGUCUGAUGGCUUUUUUUACGGCGACUUAUCCGGAGUCAACGGUGACAUGGGCGAGAACUGGAUCGGCGGUCACACACCACAACUGCAACUUCCCGAAACCGGCGGCCUGGGCUUGAACUGGGAUUUUGAGUUUGACAGGCUGCUUAACCCGAUGAUGUUUAUGCCUCCGGGGAUGGAGAGCGGGUAG